AUGCGCUCACCACCUCCACCGGCACCUCAGCAGCCUCAGAUGGCAGGCUAUGGCAAUCCGUAUCAGCCGUCGCCUGUACAGGGUGGCAGUGGGACAUAUAACCCGGGGUUCGGGGGGUUCAUCAAUGAUCCCACAGCCCAGAUGGGAUUUCAAGUCGGCAAGACGGCGAUGGCGGCUGGACAAGAAUACAUGGAACAGAACUUCAAUCGCUACGUCUCUAUCCCCGCGCUCAAACACUACUUCAACGUCUCCAACUCCUACGUCCUGAAUAAAGUCCUUCUCGUCCUUUUCCCGUGGAGGCAUAAGCCAUGGUCUCGCCAACAAGCGCGUCUCACAGCAGCAGCAGCAGCAGCAGGCCCCGACGGUCAGAUCUCCCAGCAGCAAUACUCGUCCAUGUUCCUCCCUCCUCGCGAUGACCUCAACUCGCCCGACAUGUAUAUCCCCGUCAUGGCCCUCGUCACCUACAUUCUCCUUACGUCGAUGCUGGCGGGCUUCCGCGGGAACUUCCACCCGGAGCUGCUUGGGUCGACGACCACGACGGCGAUUGCGGUUGUUUUGUUUGAGAUCUUGGUUUUGAAAAUGGCCAUGUACAUUUUGACCAUUAACAAUGAGUCGCAGCUGUUGGAUCUCGUGGCUUACUCGGGAUACAAGUUUGUUGGGAUUCUUGCGACACUGGUGACGGCGGAGAUUCUGACCCCUGGGAAGGGAACUGGUGGCUGGAUCGGCUGGGUUGUGUUUAUCUAUACAUUCCUUGCUAACGCCUUUUUCUUGCUCCGCUCCUUGAAGUACGUUCUGCUCCCUGAUUCGACCAGCGACGUCUCGAUGCGCACCGGAUCUAUGCACACCGUUGCGCGCUCGCAGCGCAACCGCCGUACGCAGUUCCUGUUCCUCUACUCGUACAUCAUCCAGUUUAUCUUUAUGUGGGUCCUGAGUCGUGAGGGACCGAUUUAUGUUCGGGCAGGGUCUGCUCAGUGA